AUGGGAGCCGCGCGUGCAUGUACUGGCAAACGCGCACGCAGCCAUUCAGGGAUGAUCGAUGUCUCACAUCAGCCAAUAGGAGAGCUCGACUCUGUUAAAACACGUUGUAGACGUGGAGAGAAACAACGCAAGGGCGUAGAGCGUACCGACUAUCGUCGUGGCGAUCGACUUGAGAAGCGGAAGGAGUCUUCUUCCAAGGAAUUAUCAUCUCAUUCACUGGAUAUAUUUUUUUUGCCCACCUCCAAUCCCUCCUUCGCGAUCCGUGCUGAUUUGCUCAUUCGACUGAUGCAUUCACACAAGAUUUGUUCCGUCACUCACGCUCUUAAGCACUACCGAAAGUUGCUCCUGACGCCCCCGUCUCCGACCAUUCAAGCCAUAGCGACAUGUAAUGCCUACACAGAGUACAAGGACCUUCCUCAUUUAGAAAAGAGACCCUAUUUUCCAAUGGAGCCUGUUUCCAGUCCAGCCGAUGUGCCCGCACAGAUGGCGCAGUUGAGUCUCCAAACAAACGGUUCUACUUCUAAUGUUACUGCUGCUGCCACUAAUCCUGUACCUGCUGCCAUUGUUACUCCCAUCACUCCGGUCACAGCUGUCAACAAUAACAGUAGUUCAACUCCACGUACGCGAACUGGCAUUCCACGCUACGCUAUUCCCUAUCGACGGCCCGACAAUAAACCCACCGUGGAUGGUGGAAUUCAAUCUCCAAUCAGUCCUCCUGUUUCUGAGAAGGCCUCCAGUUGUCAGCAGGCCAUGCCACGGGGUAGGAAUGGGUUUCGAACCGAGUCCCUCGGAGAUGACAGUCUUUCUUCGGGCUUCGGUCGUGGCACAUCGCAAAGAUAUGGCAGGGCGGCUUCUGUGGAAAUAUUCCAGAUAGCUGGAAUUGGCUACUUCCAAAUUGCUCGUCUGCGCGACUCAUUCCUGGGACUUUCUGAUCACGUAGGCGGUGCGCAGCUGCACUGGCCACAAGUUAGGCAUUCCAUUCAUGUGCUGGUGGGAAGUGGGAGAAAAACGCACCUGAUGUUGAAGGCCGCGAUGCAGUCGUCCUAUCCUUUACGUGGCGACAGUGAAUCCGAGCACUCUAGUGUGAGAAUCCUGGACACGAAGGUGGAUUUCAGCCAUGCCCAGAGCAAGUGCAAUUCAAAGGCGAAUUUGAAUUACAAGCCGGGCGGUGGCGAUAUCCAAAUUGUCGAAAAAAAGCUGAACUUCAAGGAGAAUAGCAAGCCCCGUGUCAACUCGUUGGCUAAUGCCAGACACACUCCCGGUGGGGGAAAUGUUAAGAUAGAGUCCCGCAAGUUGAAAUUCAAAGAGGCUGCUACUUCGCGAGUGGGCUCCUUACAAAAUGCUUCUCACAAAGCGGGAGGUGGUAACGUCGAGAUUUUCAAUGAAAAGUUGCCAUGGCUGAAGUACAACAAACCAAAUCUGCCACCAGAGGAGAAAGCGAAGAUUAACAAACACACUCCUUUGGCAUCCGAUAGCCCCAAUGAGCCUAUCUACACGUCGCGUCACCCCAGCACAGCAAGCUGA